CACAACGCUUCACUCAAUAUAUUGAGUGAAGAGCAUAGAAAACGAUCGUGGUGUACAAGCCACCCCCACUAGACACUUUACUUUGGUGGGAAAGGCCUCUAUACCAUACACUCAGUUUUGGCCAUGCCGUUCAAUAACAAGACCAAAAAAUAUUGGAUUAUUCCACAAGAAUCGUUGGAUCCGAAGGAUCUUCCUCUUGGGAGUAUUCUAAAACAGCCCAAUGAUGUUAUCGACGUACUUAAUCGUGGGGAAGUGCUUGCUAUUGACGAAAGACAUAUCAUCAAAGAGCGUGAGCAGAUAAGCAAAAGCAUUAAAGACUCUGCUGAAAAGGGAUUUGGAUUCAACUUGGACGCAUCUUCCGUUUUGGCGGCUAUCAUAGGCGCAUCACCCGAUGUCGGUACAGAGUGGUCCAACGCCAAAGGCGACUCAAUUGAGGCAACAAAAGUUAGAGCGGAACAUUUCAGCCCGUCCGAAGAAUACGCAAAGACGUUGUUUUCAACCGAGAAUGUCACAGAAUAUAUUGGAAAAUCUGUCUUUACGGCCCCUGUGUAUCUGGUUGUUGGGCUAGCCAUCGCUAGCACCAUUGUCCGAUCUGUCAGCAAGUCACAGAAAAUAUCUGGCAAAGCCGGGGUUGGCCUUGGCCCCCCAGGAACUGGGGUAGAGAUAUCGGGUGAUGUAUCCGGAAAUCUCCAGGUUGAGUCGUCUUAUAGUGAUGCUGUGAACGAAGACGUCGUUCUGGCGUAUCGGGUUCGGCGGUUUCGAUACUCAAAGCUCCGAGGCCGCAUUGUGAAAUCAAAGGAAGAUGAAACUGACCACUCUAUAUAUAAGCAUGGCGCUGAGGGCGACUCUGAAGAGGAAGAAGAAGAUGAUUACAUUACUACAGCGGCGUUUUCAUACUUUGAAGACGAUGACGUUAUUGCUCGAGACUUUGGUUUGGGGGGCUUUACAGAGUGCAAUGACGAUAACGCAGAUGAGGAAACCAAUUGAGAUUAAACGGCAAUUCCGUAAUUUGGAAGGCAUGUACUUAAUUUUAUAUCACACUUUACUGCUGUAAUAGUAUCACAAGGUGAGUUUAGGGUAUUUACACAGUAUGUGUUCCAGAUGCAGUUCAAUCCGCACUUGGACAAACCCACGAAAUAAACCCGACUUAAUCCAGCAAACACUAUAUAUAUUUUGGAUUUUUUACAAGCUGCAUCUCUAAAAGUUCCCUUUGACUAUAAUUCAUUAAUUCAUUAAUUCAUUAAUUAAUUGAUUAAAGACUGAUAUAGCUAGCUACAUGGUUGAGAUACUGUCGUCGUUGCCGACUCUAACCGCUCAAUCAUCUGUAAUAGAUCUUGGCACACGCCAAGAAAGUCAUUUAUUGUGUUAAACUCUCCAUGAAGUAAAGUAACCCGGGGUCUGGUAUGUCACUCGUACAGAAUCCUGAAACCUUGGGAGGUAGAGUAGCUCAGCCUGCUUUUGUGCUAUACAGGAAAACAAACGAGCUAUCGUCACAUAAUACCGACAGAAAUGGCAGCAGGCUGCGCAAAGCCCAAGUAUGCCGGCGCGCGGAACCAGGCAGUAUGGGCCGCUCUGAGGCAACAAACAUGCAGCCACAACUGCGACGUGCCGGCCAAAGGGUGCCUUGCCUCCAACUAUCAUCGACUGCCCGGCUGGUCGCGCGGGGGAUCACGCCGGGAGGUAGCCACAAUGGUCCGAGCCUAAUGCCAACCCCAGGGCGCAGGGUGCAAGCAGUGACGCCAUGGAGACGGCCCGGUUUCGCGGAGAGUUAAAAUCCGAGUUGUUGAUCAGAAAUAGGCAAUGUCCGAGAGCAAGCUCCUUGUCGCAGG